AGGAGCGCGCGGCGACUCCAAUCAUUCUUGACGACGAGGAGCGUGCGGCGACUCCAAUCAUUCUUGACGGGAGUGAUGACAAAGGCCACGAGGGACCGGAUGGCAAAGCAGAAAUGAGAGAUCUGACACGAGACUUCAUGGAAACCAAUCCUAGUGUUGUGAACGGCCACCAAGUCUUUGAAGGAGACAUGGUCUUGACGGAGAGCCAGUGGCGAGCGGUCAGGGAGAGGAAGGCCCUCGCAGACCUCUCAGCGCGCUGGCCUGAACAGGGCGGCUUCCCCACCGUGCCCUACUACCUCGACACUACCGACUCCGUCACUGUGGCUGCCAUAAAUGCAGCGAUUGCUCACUGGGAGCAAAACACCUGCAUCAGAUUCCAGCUCACGUCCAACCUCGCUCAACCGCACGUCAGGUUUUUUGAAGGGUCUGGAUGCUGGUCGUAUGUCGGCAUGCUGGCCCAGAAUGGACAAGACAUUUCCAUUGGAAGUGGCUGCAAAGAACUCGGCAUUGUCGCCCAUGAGAUCGGACACGCCAUUGGGUUCGUGCACGAGCAGAGUCGCCCCGACCGUGACGACUAUGUGGUCAUCAAUUAUGGCAACAUCCAAACUGGCAAGGAAAACAACUUCAAUAAUUACAGCACGUCAGUGGUCAACACCUACGGCAUACCAUACGACUACUCAUCCGACAUGCACCACGGCUCUACGGUGAGGGACUUUGCAUGA